ACAGUUCAACGAGGCGUUUACCCGGCCUGGCCUAAAGCCUAUCCAGAUUUCGAGUCGGACAGUCCUAGAUAUAGAACCGACCAGAAACCAACGGUGGACUCCGAUCCAUAUAUGCAUUUUUAAAUCUUAUGCACGAAUCCUGAAAAGGGUUUCAGGGGCCCAAACGGUCAUUUCAAAAUUUCAUUAGAAGAUUGUAGUCCCGUUUGAGAAAUUUGCAGAAAUUAAACAAAAUUUAUCUUUGUACCUCGUAGCAUUGGACUGCCAUCCAACAAAAUUAUCCAUUUUCCGGACACGCCAGUUAGUUUCAAAGCAUACUUGAGGACUGUUACAUUUUGCCGCAAAUUUCGACCCAUCUUUGCCUUGAUUCUCGAUCCAGUUUUGCCCUAGGGCUUCUCAAAGCUUCAGCAGAUGGGCGAUGGCACCAGAAGCAAUCGUCCAGCUUGGUUACAGCAAUACGAUUUGGUUGGAAAGAUAGGAGAGGGAACUUAUGGCCUGGUUUUCUUGGCCAAGAGUAAGCUUGCUAGUAAUAAGGGGAAGUGCAUCGCCAUCAAGAAAUUCAAGGGAUCUAAGGAUGGAGAUGGUGUUUCUCCUACUGCGAUUCGGGAGAUAAUGCUACUCCGAGAAAUAUCUCAUGAAAAUGUUGUGAAGCUUGUGAAUGUACACAUAAAUCAUUCUGACAUGUCACUAUAUCUAGCAUUUGACUAUGCUGAGCAUGACAUCUAUGAGAUCAUCAAGCAUCACCGGGAAAAGGUUUCUCAGCCCAUCAAAGAAUAUACUGUCAAGUCUUUGCUGUGGCAAUUGCUCAAUGGGCUGAACUACCUCCACAGUAACUGGAUAAUUCAUCGAGAUCUUAAACCAUCUAAUAUUCUGGUUAUGGGUGAGGGGGACGAGCAGGGGGUUGUAAAAAUUGCUGAUUUUGGGCUUGCCAGAAUUUACCAGGCACCUUUGAAACCCUUAUCUGACAAUGGGGUUGUGGUCACCAUAUGGUACCGUGCACCUGAGCUUCUUCUUGGGGCCAAGCACUACACUAGUGCUGUCGAUAUGUGGGCUGUUGGAUGCAUAUUUGCCGAACUGCUCACUUUAAAGCCACUAUUCCAAGGAGUGGAGGUCAAAGCUACACCGAACCCUUUCCAGCUUGAUCAAUUGGAGAAGAUAUUUAAAGUUUUAGGCCAUCCCACCCAAGAAAAAUGGCCUACUCUUGUGAAUCUCCCAUGUUGGCAAAAUGAUCAACAACAUAUCCAAAGCCGUAAAUAUGACAACCCUGGACUCCACAGUGUUGUUCAUCUUCCUCAGAAAACUCCUGCAUAUGAUCUUCUCUCCAAAAUGCUCGAGUAUGAUCCUCGGAAACGUGUAACUGCUGCUCAAGCUCUGGAGCAUGAGUAUUUUCGGAUCGAACCUCCACCAGGACGCAAUGCCCUAGUACCAAGCCAACCUGGAGAGAAGGCCGUUAACUAUCCUGCUCGCCCAGUUGAUACCACCACAGAUUUUGAAGGGUCAACCAGUGUUCAGGCGUCUCAGCCGGUAUCUUCAGGGAAUGCAGUUUCAGGGAGUCUGGCAGCUCCUUCUGUAGUCGCUGCUAGGCCUGUUCCUCGCCAAAUGCCUAUGGUGGGCAUGCCAAGGAUGCCGGGUGCACCAGGCAUUGCAGCCUUUAAUCUGAGUUCUCAAGCAAGCAUGGCAGGCUUAAACCCUAAUAACAUUCCUAUGCCUCGUGCUGCUUCUCAAGCUCAUCAACAACAGUUGCGAAGGAAGGAUCCCGGAAUGGGGAUGCCAAAUACUGGAUACCCUCAACAGAAAUCAAGGCGGUUCUAAGCUGGAAUUUAGAUCUUCACUAGUCAUGGAGAAUGAAGGUGCCGUUAAAAGUAUUUUUGGUUAAUUUUGAAUUAGAAUUCCUUCCAGCUUUUUCUGUCUUGACAUCUCUAACUCAAAAUUAUUUGACAACAACAUUAGUUGAUUGCUUCACAUCAAUGAUGGGAUCUCUUUGAAUUUACAAGCUCCAUUGUCUGGUAGGCAUGCAGUUGUUAUCUGAAUUGGGAAGAAAGACCAUCUUGUUCAUCUGCAAUAGUCUCUGCACAUGGAUGAGUUCUGGUUUUACACUUUUGGUCUUCUUUGCACGAUGAAUGGGUUGUGCAUGAUAUUAGCGGGAGGUGAUGGAGCACCUCAUGAAGCUUCAACAAUUUAUAUGCUCCCUCGAUGUGCUGCCAACCUCAGAUUAUUCGCCGUGCAACUGUGGAGUAUCCAUCAAACCAUAGGGCUGGUCUCUCUCUCUCUCUCCAAGGACUAUUGGGUUCGGUAGUUCGGUACGGCACUUAUUCAUAUUUGUGAUUCUGGUGUCUCAACCAGUAUCCAUGUAAUUUGCUAACAACCAAGAACUGUUUCUUAGAGAACCGUUUACUAUCGAGGGAAUGAAAUAAUUACUUAUUUAUUUGGCC